GGAACGAGAUAGACUGCGUGAAGCUCGCUUUUUGUGCGGGAUCUCUGUCCGAUUAAGCGCUGGAACUUGUGUAACGUGCGCCCGACACGACCACUCACCUCUCUCCUCUGACCCAGAGGGUGACGGAAUAGCUUGGGUGGGGUGGAGAAGAGGGGAAACCCACCCACCCCCAACACUUCAUAUCGCCAUGCCCGUGAUACCUGCCUACACCCUUAUUAUUAUUCCUCUGCAGAGCAGAGCAGAUACCAGAAACUUCUACUUGUGGCUGAAGCAGAUGAAGGAACUCGAACAGCAGCGCGACGUGCUCUGGUACGGGUUGGAGAUGGUGGAAAGGGCACGGGACUGGUACCACCGGGAGAUUCGCAGCCUGUGCCACAGGCAGGACCACGGCAGCGGGAGUUCAGGAGAUGAGGAAUACACGCUUAAGUAUUUCCCAGACCGUGCCAGCCUCCUUCUGGACAAAAUCCAACAUGCCAACGUCUGCCUCCGCAGCUUCAUUUCCUGUGCAGAACUGGUGUUGCAGCCUCCCGACUUCACUGAGAUCUCCUGCAGUCAGCGCCCACGGAGGAGGGAGAGUGACCGAUCCCACCAGCAGGCUGUGGCCUUACUGAAGCAGCAGAACCAGCUGCUGACCAAGGAAGUGUCAAGGAAAAGACAGUGGAUCGCGCAGCUGGAGAAGGAGAACUCAACACUGAUCAGACGGCUGCUGGACGCCCAUUUCCAGUACUAGGCUCACCCAGCAUGUGCUGGAAGUCUGGAAUGAAGUGGAAAAUGUGGUGGGACCGUCGAGGGGAGCACGGGAACUCUGGGAUAAUUGGGUGCUGAGGCAUUUUUCGCGACACUUUGGCCAAUUGCGACGACUUUAGGAGCCCGCCCAUUGACAGUGGCUGACCAAUGGACCCCACUCCCCCCCCUCCCCCAUUCAUAAAACCAUGGGCUGGAAUUUCAUGUUGUCACAAUUGCAGGUUGCAAAAUCUCAGUUGAAAUGUGAACAUACAUCAACAGGCAUUUACCGCACAGUUACAAGAACACCAAGUGGCCCAGGAUGGCUCCUCCUCCUGUACAGUACAUUAUAGCCCCACAUGUGGACAGGUGCAUGGGUAGAGUCAUAGAUCAAUACAGCAAAGAUACAGGCCCUUUGGCCAUCUAGUCCAUGCUGGCCACGGUGCCCACCCAGCUAGUUCCAAUUUCCUGCUUUUGGCCCAUUAUCCCUAAAAGCCCUGUCCCUCUAUGUCCUGACUUGUCAAAUGAUACUAUUGCACCUGCUUCAACCCCUUCCUCUGGCAGCUCCUUCCACACCUGACCAUCCACCCUGGGCAGAAAAAGUUUUCUUGUCAGGUCUCUUUUAAAUCUUUCCCCUUACACCCCUGAGAAAUAGACUUUUAUUGUAUACCAUUCUUUUACAUUCUGAAACAUUUUAUUGUAUUUCUUUGUUUUUGUGUAAAUGUCUGUAAGAAAACGAAUCUCAAAGUAGUAUCUGGUAACAUUUAUGUACUUAGAUAAUAAAUUUGCAUUGACUUGGACUACAUUCAUUUCCCUCGCUCAAGUCUCAUCCCUUUCUCUGGUAGAUCAGAUUCACCGAUCUCUACAACACCAUUCCCAGAUUCCAGGAACUGGUAAAUUAAAAAAAAAAGUAACAAAAUCUCCCCAUCGUUCUUUUGCCAGCACUUUUAGAUCUCUGUGCUCUAAUCACUGAACACCAUUUCUCCCUCCCCUCCAUGAGAUCACUUAGAACAUUUCUGCAAGAAUAACAUUUCUGCCUCAAACAAAGGGCUAAAAAUACUCAGCAGGCCAAACAGCAUUUGUGAGGAGGGAACCUGUUUCAUGUCCAUUCUGAUCACCUUGUUAUAGGAUGCAUGUUGAGGCAUUAGAGAGGAUGCAGAGGUCCAUAGAUCUCUCACAGUUGUCAUGUAUGUUGAUAGCUUAGAAGGAGCAUGAUGUGUUGGCCUUCAUUAGUCAGAGGAUUGAUUUCAACAGCUGCUGUUAAUAUUGCAGCUCUGUGAAACUCUGGUAAUGCAGCACAUGGACUAUUGUGCUUAGGUCUGGUUACCUGAUUACCGGAAGGACAUGGAAGCUUCUGAGAGGGUGCAGACAAGAUUUACCAGGAGGCUGCCUGGAAAGGGAGCAUUUCUUAUGAGGAUGGGUUGAGUGAACUAUGGCUUUUCUGUUUGGAGAGAAGGAUGUUGAGAAGUCACUUGAUAGAGGUGUACAAGAUGAUAAGAGGCAUAGAUAGAGUGGACAGCCAGAGACUGGGCAGUACAGGGACUGUAGGUUUGCCAGGACAAGCCCUACGUCACUUAGCUAAAAAAUAGUCGCAGUGCAAUCACUCGAGUAGAGUAUGCUGUUCUUCCAAGGGGUUAAUUCCCAUACUGGAGAGGUCUG